UUUAACUUGACUAUUGAAUAUUUGAUGAAGGAUUUGAAGCCAACGGGGAAGACACAAAACCUAUAUGGCUUCCUGGGCUUUCAUGGUAAAUUUUCUUUAAUGUUUUACCUUUUUUUUUAUUUAUUUCAAUCACUAUUUUGAUUUUUGAUGGCAUCUUUUUUUUCUAGGCUUGGGCAUUUGAAGCCAUUCCUCACCUCAGGCAUCAAGUCAAGGAAUACUCCAAAGAAGUUACCUAUCCAAGAAUUGUUAGAUGGCUCACCGCCAGGAACAACACAAAAUUGAGUGUUGACCUUUUCAACCCCCUAAGGAAGUCAGUUGUGAACCCAUGGCUUGUUCCAACAAUAAGAGAGUUGGAGAUGCCAUGCCUUGUCACCUUUGUGCCCAUAGAAUCUGUGCCUGACAGACUGAUUAAUGGGUUCAAAGGGGAAUUGGCUGGAGUGACAGCCAUCACUAGGGUUGAUAAUGUUAUAGCUGGUGGUGGUGGUGAUGUUGCUGGUGGUGAUGUUGUUGUUGGUGCUGGUGGUGAUGUUGCUGUUGAUGCUGUUGGUGGUGCUGAUGCUGUUGGUGGUGGUGUUCAGCCUGUUGAUGUUGUUGGUGGUGGUGGUGGUGAUGAUGUCCCAGCAAGUAUUGCUGGGGAAAAAUUAAGAGAUGAUGAUGCUAAUAUUGGUGGAUUUACCCAGCUCCUCCUUGAUUUGGUGGUAAUUUUAGUAGUGGUGGAUUGA